CAGAUAAAAUGUUUGACUCCCAUUCAUCCUCCCAAAACAUCCUGUUGGUCCUUACAGGAAUGUUAGGACGUGUACUUUGAUUUUAACCUCUGAGCUCGGCUCUCACCAACCUGUGGAUACACAUCAACAACAUCACUAAAAACAACAACAGAAAGAGCAGCAGCAGCUCCGAGGAUCCAACCUGUUACUCUGAGGAAACACGGCGAGCACCCAAAAAAAAGUGUUUGGUGGGAUUAAAAAGCGACGAGAAAAGGGGCAGCUGUGUUACAGAGAGUGACCUGACAGACGGUCAGGGAUCAUGACAGCGCUGGCCGGAGGUUUACCGAGAAUGAUGAGACCGACUCCUCACCAAAACUACCCCCGAGGAGGAUACUCUUUAGAGGUGUCCACUCCGUUAGGACAGGGUCGGGUCAACCAGCUCGGUGGAGUCUUCAUAAACGGCAGACCUCUCCCCAACCACAUCCGACAUAAGAUCGUGGAAAUGGCGCAUCACGGCGUCCGUCCGUGCGUCAUCUCCCGCCAGCUGCGCGUGUCCCACGGCUGCGUGUCCAAAAUCCUGUGCCGGUACCAGGAGACAGGCUCCAUCAGGCCGGGGGCCAUCGGAGGAAGCAAGCCAAAGCAAACUUCUUCUCCAGAGGUGGACAAGAAAAUUGAAGAGUACAAGAGAGAGAACCCGGGCAUGUUCAGCUGGGAAAUCAGGGACAAAUUACUCAAAGAUGGAAUCUGCGACAGGAACAAUGUUCCCUCAGUGAGUGCCAUCAGUCGCAUCAUGCGCUCUAAAUUCGGCGGAGUGGGUGAUGAUGAAGAAGAUGACGAUGAAGUGGUGAAGAGGGAGAUGGAGGAGAGCGAACCACGCACUAAACACAGCAUCGAUGGGAUUCUGGGUGACAGAUCAAGCCACUCGGACGAGGGCUCUGAUGUAGACUCUGAACCGGGCCUACCCCUCAAGAGGAAGCAGCGUCGAAGUCGCACCACUUUCACAGCGGAGCAGUUGGAGGAGCUGGAGAGGGCCUUCGAACGCACACACUACCCCGACAUUUACACACGGGAGGAGCUGGCUCAGCGGGCCAAACUGACGGAGGCUCGGGUUCAGGUGUGGUUCAGCAAUAGGAGAGCAAGAUGGAGGAAGCAAGCAGGUGCCAGCCAGCUGAUGGCAUUUAACCAUCUCAUCCCUGGUGGUUUCCCUCCAUCAGCCAUGUCAGGUUUGCAGCCCUACCAGCUCUCAGACAGCCCCUACACUCCUACAUCCAUAUCUCAAGCAUCCGAGCAGCCCAGUACAGUCCACCGGCCGCAGCCUCUGCCACCCACCUCUGUGCACCAAACUGGGCUAAGCUCUGCAACUGGCUCACAGGAUGCAAGCUCCGCCUACUGCCUGGCGUCUGGACGUCAUGGCUUCUCAGGAUACUCUGAAAGUUUUGUGGCCCCGACAGGACACUCCAAUACGGUCAACCCCACCAUCAGCAACAGCCUCUCUCCACAGGUAAUGGGCCUAUUGAACCCAGGUGGUGUCCCGCAUCAGUCCCAGAGUGACUUCGCCCUCUCUCCGCUGACUGGAGGCCUGGAGCCUAACGGUGGCAUGGCUGCUAGCUGCCACGGCUCCCAGCGUCUGGAGGCUUUACCAGGCCUGACUAGUAUGCCCACCCUGCCUAGCACACAGUCUUACUGUCCACCGUCCUACACCACCCCUGCCUAUGCUGUGGACCACCAUCCAUCCUACCAGUAUGGACAGUACAGUCAGAGCAAGGUGCCUUUCAUUAUAUGAAACCCCCAACAUGGCCUUAACGGGCUUCCCAACCAGUCUGACAUUUAUCGCCAGAGAACAACCCCCUCUACCCCGACAUGCUGCCUUUGCAAAACCUCUUCAGCCCUGGGGACAGCAAAACAGAGAGAAAAGUUAGCUGGUGGAGGAAGUUGAAGUUUUCUCCUCCAGCAAGAGACUGAGCUGAGAUGGAGGUGUGGUGCUGGGGAAGGAGGGGGCCGGCUGGAGUAAUUAGGACCAAAGGCAGCAGCCUCUCCUGUUACCUGGCAAUCUUUGCUUUGCUUGUGCUUCACGUCAUGCUCCAAGGACCAAGCACGAUUCAUUGUCCACGCUUAAGGAGGAAAAGAAGAGAGAAGGAGUAAAUACAUUCAAGAUUCUGUGUUUGAUUUAUGUAAUACGUGGCAGAGAUACAAGCUGAGGCAGCCUUUACAACCCCUCCCCUCUGCUCUCCCUCAUCCCGGUGUCUUAGGAAAAUGUUUACCAUACAUUGAUGUGACUUUUGCAUAAGACAUUGUAAUGAAUAUGUGACUUCACCGGCAGAGGGGUGUGAACGGAGGCUGGGUGGAGUCAGAGUGAAACCACUGCAACCCAAAGAAAGUGCAAUACAUUCAUACCUCAUGUGAUGUAAAUUAACAAGGAACAAACGCCCCUGAUUAAAGCCCAAAAACUGCUCUUUCUUUUUAAAUUCAUUCAGGUUGGUUGUGUGCAUCGACCAAUCAGGGGACAUCAUCAGGCGAUGAAAACUAGCAAGGGUAGCUGUGAUGUCAUUAAGCCAAAAAUUUUCUGCCGGUGGAUAAAUGAUUCAGUUUGACAGUUAAUUUGUCUUUUUUUUUUUUGCAUGUUUUUAAUUAGUUUUCAACAGGAACUUGCAAAACUUGGUUUCAUUUCUUAUUUAUUUAGUGUGUAAGUGUAAAGUCUUUUUUGUGCAGUAAGUCUUACACAAUGCUCUGUAAACAUUUUUCCUCUUUUGUAUAAUUUUCAUUUACAUUGGUGUCAAAUGAUUUUGUUGUAAGAAGUUUUGUGUACA